ACCGAGGACGCAGCCAUGCCGAGCUGUGACGCUCCGCAGCCGGGCUGCUGCUGCUCCUGGCGCCUCGCCUCGUCCGUCUCCAGCUCCUCGCGCUCAGGGGAGCUGCCAUGAGAUCUCCUCCCGCUCCUGCUCACCGGCAUCUGGCUGCUAGAAGACGCGCGGGAAGCGGGACUAACCAGCCGCAGAUCAUGACUUCAUAGGUUUCUGGUUCGGAAAACGGAUAACGGGCAUCUCUAAUUGCGCUGACCGGUGCUGGGGUCGAGAUCUCUGGACCCGGAACCCGUCAGUCAAACAGGUUGUCGGGGUGUUCUUCCCUCUGAAAGGGGUCUUCGGGGCACAGCCGAGGAUGCUAUCCCCCAGAUGGUGACUUCGAAAGGGUUGGAUGGAGAGCUGGUCGAAUGUCAGCGGGAACUGUCGUGAUAACCGGAGGAAUUCUUGCUGGGGUGAUUCUGCUGUGCAUCGUAGCAGUUCUCUGUUACUGUAGACUCCAGUAUUACUGCUGUAAGAAGAACGAGUCCGAGGCGGACGUGGGCUCGGUGGCGGGAGCAGAUCCUCUGUCUCACUUCCCCUGCAACGCCUGCAACGCCCUGGCCAUGGACGGGACCGACAUCACGCCCGUCUCCCUGGACCAGCUGGACUCGGGUUCGCACCACAGCCCCUGCCCCUCGUGUUCGCAGUACCCCGUCCUCACUGGACUCACAGACGACAUGCGUAACGGAGGGGAGCGGCUGGGCUUCUACUACGAAAACCCGUCAGCGUCUCUUCCUUUGCCCGUCAACCCACCGACUUUGUCCCCUCUGAGCUACUACAACCCAGCGGACGCCUUCCCUCCCCCGCCGCGCCCCUACAGCACCGACGUCUGACUCUCUCCUCACUGGACUCUUCUUCACACUCAUUUACACCUACACUCUUUACUUUACUUGCACAAGCCAUUUAGAACAACAACAAAAAAAAGUUCAUUUAUUAAAACAGGGCACAUUUACACCUAGAUUAUUGCACAUUCAGUCACCCACAGACUCAGCCCACUGACAGAGCUCCUGUGUGGGCAACAAAAUCAUGCAGCAGCUCUCAAACGCUGCAGUAAGGAUUUCUUUUCCUCUCCUGUAAAAGGCAGACUGUUCUUCCACAGCUAUGGGGCUAAAUCACCGGUGACUGCAUCAGAGGCAACACCGCUCCACCAGUAAGGAUAAACAAGUUUCCAAAUCCAAGGAUUUGUAAUCUGCAAUAUACAGUAAAAAUUCAACCAACAUAUACAGCAUUUGUUUGAAGGUUUAUCUAUGUUAGUGUGCUGCUGCUAGUCUGAGGGAGCUGAGUGGAGGAGUCGCAGGGGAGGCAGAGUUUUGGAGACUGCGGCCUCCAGGUGGAGCGGUGUGGAAAAGGUGGCGCUCCGGCUCCUCCGAAUGACUGCCACUGCAGAUUAAAGGAUUUCUCAAACAUGCAUGAAACAAUCAAAGCAACACUCCAGGUAUAUUUUUGAUGAGGUAAUAACAUUAUAACAUGAUGCAAAGCUCAAAAAAAGAAGCCAAUUUUACAGAAUAACCCCCUUUCAAAUAAAACUACAUGACUUGCCAAACCUCUGUCAGUCUAGAUUAAAGUCACUUUUUAGAAAAUAUGCUACAUGACCAGUAAUCUCUGCAUAGAGCUGAAGAACAUGGGCUUCCCCUGCCGCUAGAGGCGUUUGUGCACAUCAUCAUCAGAAACCUUCUGUACGGGAGCCAUGUCUGUGGUUUCUAAAUGACAUUGCACCAAAUUUGUGUAAAUAAGGUCGCUUAAGAUCGUCGUUAGACCUGAUGUGUCACUCUUCUUCUCUCAAACUGAAAGCAUGAGUAGUCAAGGAAAUUCCUGACUCUCAGUUCAAGCUGAAGUGACUGAUGGAUUUUUAUUUAUUUAUUUUUUUUUUAACCUCUCGUAUCAGCAGGAAGUCACAUGGGAACCGAGAGUUAAAAUCUGAUUAGCAAUGGAGGCACAUGAUCGAUCUGUGUUCACGUGUUGCUUUCCUCCACAUGGGUUCAGUUUCUGUUUCUCUUUCUCUUUCCGGAUGUGAACUCAGACACUCAAAGUGUGAACCCCGCCCUCCCUCAGCCUUCCAGCCUCCUGGACACCAGGGCUAACACUUUUCUACUCGGCGUUAUCGUUUGCCAGUAAUAGAAACUCACCGCGGAGUUUUGUCCAGAGGUGAAACAGGGAACGGAAAGGGGAGUUUUUAUGCAAUUUUGUGCAUCUUGCAGUUUUGGUUUUUAUUAUUUUUUUAGUUUUUUUCAGUUAGUUUCAGUCAACAAAGAAAGUCUCACAUGUGUUUUAGUUGUGAUCUCUAUUCUGGUAAAUGGAAGGAAGCCAGACUUUUAAGAUGGAAAAAGGUUUGUUUCAUGGUGUAAAAGUUGGUGGUGCUGUGAGUCUUUUCUUGUUUGCGAACUUUUUAUUUUUUAUUUUUAAGUGAAAACGAGAAAAAAAAAAUCCACCAUAAAGUAAGAUUGUGUUCUAUAUUCUAGUGAUUUAAAAACGCCAUCCUGUCUGCCACGGUACAGUAACGAGAUGGAGUGUUAUUUCACAGUAUACGCCUGAAUCGAUAUAUAUUUUUGUGAAACUUCUGGUGAAUAUCAUUGUUGCUUUAUUUCCUACUCUUCUAUUUAAUGUUCUCCUUGUAUUCCUGUUUUUUUUUUUUGUUGUUGUUGUUGUUGUUCCUGUCAGAAAAAUGCGGUACUGUAAGUAGGAACAAGAAAUGUCUAUUUAGAGAUGGACUUUUACAUUCCUAAAACAUUAUGAUAAAAGUUGUGCUCAGAUAAACAAAUAUACUACUGCCAAGACUUCUAUUUAAGAAACGGUAUUUUGUCAGAAACGAGUGAUUUGCACAGGUAUUCAUAGUCCGAUAACAUCUUCACAUUUUGUUACAACUUUCCUGUCCGUUUUGGGGUUUCAUGCCGUAGACCAACACAGAGCAGAGUCAAGUUUUGAAAAAAGAGGGGAAAAAAACACUAAGGUUUUACAAUUAAAAAUGUGAGAAAUGUCACAUGCAUUUUUCAUAUCCAACUCCAGCCACUCCCAUUUUUCUUUAAUUGAAAACAUCUACCAGUUUUAUUCUUCCAAACUUUUUCAGGGUUUUUCUGCCCAUUUUUUAAAAAUUUUAUUUUAUUUUUAUUGCAAAAUAAGUUCAGUUCUGUCAAAUUAGGUUGAUUACAUCAGCCAGCAUCAACACCCCCAAAGAUUCUCAUUUGGAUUUAGGUUCAGACUUUGACUGGGCCAUUCUAACACAUGAUUGUUCUUUGAUCCAUUCCGUUCAUUUAGGGCCUUUAUCCAGGUGGAAGGUGAAACUUCUUCUCCGGUUUCAAGUGUUUUGCAGCCUCUAAAACGUUUUUCUUCCGGGGUCGCCUCCUGCUCAGCGCCGUUCAUUUCCUGAUCGACUCUGAGCAGGCAACACCCCAGCAUGAUGCUGCCACCACCAUGUUUCACUGUUGGGUUUCUUCCACACUUCCUGAGUUCAGAGGAUUUUACUUCAGGGUGGCAGAGUAAAGGGGAACGAACGCAUAUAAGCAUUGUAAAACACUUGCGUUCGUCUGCUGCACAAAACCUCAACAAAAUACAAGAGUGAAAAAUUUCCAUGUGAAUGAAUGUGUUUUUUUUUUUUGUUUUUUUUUUUUUAAGGCGCUGGCCUCCUGUUGCAUCACAUUGUCGACGCAGAGCUUUGCCUCAUCAAUUUGCUGUUUCAAACACGCUUUUGUUGUUUCCAUGAUGCAGCACAAUGUCAUUCCCUUUCUCUGGCAGAUGAAGCAUCUCUGCUUUUGUUCAUGGACUUGCUCUUAUUUUCAGAUUUCUCUGAUUUCUUUUCAGCUGUAUUGAUGGGUUAUCUUUUGGUACGCCCUGUUAGAGCGAGAAAAUCCAUCACCUAUUAUUAUUAUUAUUAUUAUUAUUAUUAUUAUUAUUAUUAUUUUGAGGAGAAAAUAAAUGUUUAUAUGUCUUCC